AUGGCCUGGGCUGCAAGCAGCGCGCAGCUUCUGUUCCUCUUCCUCCUCGUUUCCACUUGCUUUCUCCCAACCUUAUCCCAGCAAACUAACAAUAGCUCUGUAGCAGUACACUCGCCACUUCCGCAGUUCUCCUUCAGCUUCAACUUUACCAAUCCAUCCAAUUACGACCAAUCAACAGACAUCCUGCUCGAGGGCGAUGCGAAGGUGAAUGGCAAACUAAUCGACCUCACCUGCGACUCGUUCGAGCAGAGCAGCGAUUCUUGCACGGGGCGGAUGUCGUACAGGCACCCGGUGCCGUUGUACGACGACACUACCCUGGCGAGCUUCAGCACAAGCUUCACCUUCCAGAUCCUAUUCAACAAAAGUUUGGCGAGCAUGCCCCCCGGCGACGGCAUAGCGUUCUUCCUCACCGGUUUCCCGUCAAGCAUGCCGCCACGCUCAGAAGGGCAGAAUCUCGGCCUCGUGAGCAACGACGCCGCGCCCUACGGUCCACAACAGUUCGUCGCCGUCGAGUUCGACACCUUCUACCAAAACUUCGACAUCCCAGAUCCUAAAUACUACCACAUAGGCAUCGACAUCAACUCCGUCCACUCAAAGAACACCACAAUGUUGCCCUCUCCCCUGGAGCUGGAAGGCAACAUGACGGCGACAGUCAAAUUUGAUAACAUCACCCAGAUACUAGUUGCCUCCCUUAAGGUUGGUUCCCAUCCCGAACCAAUUGUGGUCACUUCUCAGCUGCCAGAUCUAAGGACGUUGCUUCCGCGGGAAGUGGCAGUGGGGUUUUCGGCGUCCACCGGCGCAGUCGCUGAGCUCCAUCAGAUAUUGGCAUGGUCCUUCAACUCCACUCUUGUUCCGACGAUCCCACGUAAAGGUCACGACAACAAGACAACUAUAUUGAUUAUUAUUGGAGGACUGGUGUUAUUGGUGGUCGUGGUGUGGCUUAUCCUGUCUUGCUGGAAGUGGAUAAACAGACACCGUGGCAUUGAGAAGCAAGGGAAGCAGGGGCCUACUCGGUUCAAGUAUCAGGAUUUGGCAGCCGCGACAGACAAUUUCUGCGAAGAGAGGAAACUCGGACAAGGUUUCUUUGGGGUAGUCUAUAGAGGAUACUUGAAGAAAUUGGGAUGUGAUGUAGCGGUAAAGGAAAUCCUGAAUAAAUCAAAUGUUGUGCCAGGACCAAACAACGACAGCCAUUUUUAUGCCGAACUCAACGCUAUCACUUCUGUAAAGCACAAGAAUCUCGUCAAACUCGUUGGUUGGUGCAGGGGAAGCAGCUGCAACUUUGUUGAGUUCAUGUGCUGGUGCUGGAAGAACAAAACCAAUAAUAGGCUCUUCCUUGUCUAUGAAUUGGUACCCAAGGGAAACCUUCACGACAACCUACACAAGGAGGAAACACUACCAUGGGAAACAAGGUCAAUAAGACGAACCGAGGCUUACCUAGAUCCACAGUGUAAGAAGCCCGUCGGGAUGGUUGAGUUCAGCCGUAGCUCCGACGUCUACAGCUUUGGCAUCCUCCUGCUCGAGAUCGCCUGCGGCGAGCAAGGCGGUAUGCUUAUUAGGGAAAAAGUCUGGCAGCUGUACAUCAACAGGUCUCUCCUGCGGGCCGCUGAUGACAGGUUAAAGGGCGAGUUCAGUAUAAGCGAAAUGGAGACUGUGCUCAUCCUAGGGCUCUGGUGCUCCUACCUUGAUAAUAACAAGCGGCCUAGCAUGGAGCAAGUAAUGGCCGUCCUGGAACAUGGCAAGCAACUGCCAGAUCUCAACUCAUUGGACACUACUUCUGUUUCGGCACAAAUGGAAACGUACAUCGACCCGCAGGCACCUACCUCUGCUGCCAGCUCCUCCUACGAGCAAAUGCAUGAAUGA